AUGACUGCUCAUGAAGAUGCACGGAUAGCUAGCCUACCACGCAAAAAACAACGUAUCGAAUCUCGCGCUAUUGCGUCCUCAUCCUCGUCACAAGAACGUCACCUAUUCGUUCCGUUCCGUGCCCUCGGUCUUGUAACAAACCAUGUACCUUUCCACCUACAAGCGCGCUCGUACAAAGGGGCGACUGAUGGUCCCAAAGUUCACAUCCUUACAUGUCUUGGACGGUCAUGGGCUCUAUGGGAAGGGAGCAAGAUGUCUCUCCUGUUCGUCGGACCCGAGGCCUCUGAGCCUCUUUCUUGUGUGUUGAUGGACGGAGAUGCAGUAUGGGCUACCUCGGGUUCUCAAGUAAUAAAAUACGCUCGGGGUAAAGAGGUUUUUAGACUCUCCAAUCCCCUGGGAAUGCCAUUGGGGCCAAUCACAAUGUUUGGCUCGCAAUGCCUAGCCUUGACAGAGGAUGGUAGUCGACUUGUUAUCUGGGGGGUUGAUGCCGAUGGCCCUACUUUUACUGCGGCAUUGAGCUUUGACAAUGGAUUUACGGCGACAUUGAUGCUUCAUCCUGCAACCUACUUGAAUAAGAUUCUUGUGGCCAGUCGCGAGGGUGAGCUGCAGCUAUGGAACACACGAACACAAACAUGCAUCCACAAGUUCGCAAGCUCAUCACUCCUUGCGUCCUCUUUGGCUACCCCUAGCGCACCUAUGAAUCCAAUUACCGCACUCGUCCAGUCCCCAGCGAUCGACGUUGUCGCAAUCGCAUUCAGUUCUGGCGAAAUCUCUGUAUAUGAUAUACGGACUGAUGAACGGCUAAUGAGGUUGUAUAUGGAUGGUGGCCGGAUUACGUCCUUGUCUUUCCGAGAUGAUGGUCAUCCCGUACUCUGCUCCGCGUCUUCCUCUGGGUCUAUUGUACUUUGGGACCUCAACUCCGGUGGUCGUCUCAUGCAUGUUGUUCGAGGUGCCCAUGAAAGUGCUGUAUGCUCAAUAGCAUGGGUUCCAGGGCAGCCUCUUUUGAUCAGCUCUGGAGAUGACAAUAGUGUGAAGCAAUGGUUAUUUGAUUCUCCCACUGCUGCUCCUCGCCUUCUCAAGUAUCGGUCAGGGCAUCAAUCCCCUCCUCAUCUCAUCCGCUACUAUGGCGAGGACGGCAAGCAGCUCCUAUCCGCUUCCUCUGACCGAAGUCUGCGAUAUACCUCCGUCGUGAGAGACUCGAGGUCUUUCGAGCUAUCUCAAGGCUCUUUGGCCAAAAAAUCGUCAGCACUUUCCAAACCACUACAGUCUUUCAAGUUCCCUUCCAUCGCGGCGAUUUCAUAUUCCACAACUCGGGCAAAAGACUGGGACGACGUUCUUACGGCACAUACGGAUGAAUCACUCGCACGGACUUGGUCGAUUCAAAACAAGAAAGUGGGUAAACAUAAGUUCCAGCAGCACGAUGGAUCAAAACGCAAAUCCGCGAGCCCAGGAGUGAAGGCUGUCUGUGUCACAGCAUGCGGCAACUUUGGAAUCACAGGCACGUCGGGUGGCGGUGUAUGUAUGUGGAAUAUGCAGUCAGGCAUCCAACGCAGAGUCUUUGAGCCUGCAUCUCCUGCCAACAAGUUUGACAAGGGCGACGAUCAUAAACGGGAAGAUACCUGCGUCUCUGGUAUCGCGACGGAUGCACUCAACCGCCUCGUCAUCGUCAGCACUUUGGCUGGGGCAAUCAAUUUUUUCAACUUCCAUACCUCUAACUUGGAGGACACAUUGGACCUUUCUUCGUCAAUUCUUUUGAUAUCGCUGCACAGGGAUAGCGGCUUGCUAGCAGCUGCAUGUGAGGACAUGCAUGUCAGAAUCAUUGACAUCGAGACCCAUCGGGUCGUCAGAGAGCUUUCCUGCGGUUCGCGAGGACGGAUCCUUGAUAUGUCUUUCUCCCCUGAUUGCCGCUGGAUCAUUGUGUCAUCUUUCGAUUCGGUAAUACGAACAUUCGACAUCCCUACAGGACAACUCGUCGACGCAUUCCGUACCCCGAACAUCGCGCCGAGUAUAGCAUUUUCACCUACCAACGAUUUUCUUGCUACCACGCAUGCAAAUAGCCCAGGGAUUUAUUUAUGGGCAAAUCGGGCACAGUAUACCGAAGUUUCUCUUCGCUCUAUACGAGAAGAAGAUGUCGCGGACGUUGAUAUGCCUGUCAUGCAAGGGGCAGGAGACGAAGACGAAGACACAAGUGCUCUUGUUGCUCUUACCAUUGCGGAGGAAACGCCCAAUGUGUUUUCUACACCACCUCAGCUCGACGGUGAUCUCGUAACACUGACCUUGCUCCCCCGGUCGAGGUGGCAAACGCUGCUAAAUCUCGAUGUCAUCCAACUUCGCAACAAGCCAAGGGAACCUCCGAAAAGGCCAGAACAAGCUCCUUUCUUCUUGCCACCACUUCCUGGUGUUGAGGGAAGAUUUGCUGCUGCUGAGAAGACAGAUGUCGAAAGGAAGGACCACAUGCGCAGAUCCGACAGAGACGCUGCGACAAGGUCUGAGAGUGUGUUCCAGAGAAGGCUUGCUCAUCUUGUCAGCGACAAGGAUGAUUGUGAGUUUUCGGCGGACUCAUUCUUCGAUUACAUCAAAACUCUUUCUCCCGCCGCAAUAGACGUGGAAUUGCGUUCGCUGGUCACCUUAUCCAGUUUGUGCCAGUUUUUACGAGCGAUGCGAAAACGACUUGAGACACGAAGAGAUUUUGAGGCGGUGCAAGCGCUGUUAAACGUAUUCUUACGGAUGCACGCUGAAGUGCUAUUGGAAAACGAAGAGACCGAAGAGGAGAUGGAGAUAUUACUGGCAGUACAACGACGAGAAAGCGAGCGAGUUCUCGAGUUGACGGCUUCUUCUAUAGGGACGCUCGGUUUCGUCCGAGACGUCAUGUAG